AUGGAUCCCUACAAGAUUCAAAUCAUCAAGGAGAUCGCGUGCUCUGAUUCAUCCUCUAUAUCCGGGGUAGAUCUGGAUGGACACAAAAUUCUUCUCCUUGUUCGUGGAAACCCCGAUAGACUGGUUUGGGUUGACUUUGAUGUUGCAACGACCUUUACCGACUUUGGACCUGAACAGAUUGCCUGUUGUGACCAUGAAAUUGCGGUUGUGAAGGGAUUUGGGGAUGCACUACGAGAUGACCAGGCUGAGGGUCUGCCACCGUAUACAAAAUUUUAUUAA